GUGCCCGUCCGUCGGCACUCGGCUCCGCCCCCCGGGGAGAGACUUAAAGGGCCGGUUUGCUCAGCAGCGGUGGGAUGCCCCUUUCCUGACCACCCGGGUUCCGCGUAGAUGUGCCCGGCUCGACCCGCGCCACCAUGUAAACUGCUCCUGCAGGCAGGCGCUGGCUUCUCCGCCCGGGACCCCUCGCCCUGCCCCGGGCUCGGAGCCUUCGAUGAGGACACACCAUGCUGACGGGGGUGACUGAGGGGAUCUUCUGCUGCUUGCUGGGUGCACCACCCAACGCAGUGGGGCCACUGGAGAGCGUUGAGUCCAGCGAUGGCUACACCUUCGUGGAGGUCAAGCCUGGCCGCGUGCUGCGGGUGAAGCACGCUGGGCCCGCUCCGGCCCCCACUCCACCUCCACCGCUGCCCGAGGCAGCCCAGGGGGGCCGGGCUGGCCUGGUCCGCUGCCAGCGCCGAAUCACCGUGUACCGUAACGGGCGGUUACUGGUGGAGAACCUGGGGCGGGCACCUCGAGCUGACCUCCUGCAUGGGCAGAACGGCUCCGGGGAGCCGCCGGCCUCUCUAGAGGUGGAGCUGGCGGACCCGGCGGGCAGCGAUGGCCGUUCGGGCCCGGUGGGCACCGGGGGUGCUAGUGGUGGGCGACGGCGGCGAGCCCGGCGCCCCAAGCGGACCAUCCACAUUGACUGUGAGAAGCGUAUCACCAGCUGCAAGGGCGCCCAGGCCGAUGUGGUGCUCUUUUUCAUCCACGGCGUUGGCGGCUCCCUGGCCAUCUGGAAGGAGCAGCUGGACUUCUUUGUGCGCUUGGGCUAUGAGGUGGUGGCUCCGGACCUGGCUGGCCACGGGGCCAGCUCGGCGCCCCAGGUGGCUGCCGCCUACACCUUCUACGCGCUGGCGGAGGACAUGCGCGCCAUCUUCAAGCGCUAUGCCAAGAAGCGAAACGUGCUCAUUGGGCAUUCCUACGGUGUCUCUUUCUGUACGUUCCUGGCGCAUGAGUACCCAGACCUGGUGCACAAGGUGAUCAUGAUCAACGGCGGGGGCCCCACGGCACUGGAGCCCAGCUUCUGUUCCAUCUUCAACAUGCCCACAUGUGUCCUGCACUGCUUGUCGCCAUGUCUGGCUUGGAGCUUCCUCAAGGCUGGCUUUGCCCGCCAAGGGGCCAAAGAGAAGCAGCUACUGAAGGAGGGCAAUGCAUUCAAUGUGUCGUCCUUCGUGCUACGGGCCAUGAUGAGUGGCCAGUACUGGCCCGAGGGCGACGAGGUCUACCAUGCUGAGCUUACUGUGCCUGUCCUGCUCGUCCAUGGCAUGCAUGACAAGUUUGUGCCGGUGGAAGAAGACCAGCGCAUGGCUGAGAUCCUGCUCCUGGCCUUCCUGAAGCUCAUCGAUGAAGGCAGCCACAUGGUGAUGUUGGAGUGUCCAGAGACAGUCAACACGUUGCUCCACGAAUUUCUGCUCUGGGAGCCCGAGCCCAUGCCCAACGCCCUGACUACUCCCCCAGAGAAGAAGUAGCUACUGGGCCAGCAGGGCAUUGAGGAAGAGCAGGAGUCUGUGCUGGGUCUACAGCCGAGACCACUUGGGCAGGCCUUUCGCUCUGGGGGGCGGGGUCAGGCCAGGGAGACGCCCCCAGGCUGGCUGGGCUGGGCGUGGCAUUCGAGGGAGCCUGGUGGACACCACACUCUGCUUGUCCCAUGGGGCCCAUCCAGCCCAUGGCAGGGACCCCCGCAGAGGAUGACCUUGUACAGAACCCCCUCCCCACUAAAGCCAUGGCCAUGGCUGAGGAGGCAUCCACCCCACUCUCUGUCUUACAUGUCAGCCAUGCUUAAUCCAGGGACCCUAGGGGUAGGGGGCCACUCCAUUACCAGAGGCCCCUCCACCCCCAUUCCCUGGCGCUGGUAGCUUUUGUUGUCCAAGGGGGCAGGGAUGGGGAGGCUGGCGCCACAGAACCUGCACAUCUCAACUUGUAACUCAAUAAAAAAGAAGUGACAAUCCAA